AUGUCUCCUGUUAAAACAUAUCCUGCUCGAUUGGUCUGUAUCGUUCUAAGCCAAGUCUUGUACUUGUCUUCAUUUCCAUCAAAAUCUUUAGGUGUGCGGCAUCGGUCACCUUUUGCGUUGGCAGCAUCGGCCAUUUCUUGUCUUGGUUCUGUCAGGUUCUCGGGUUCUACUGGUGUGAUACCUAAAUCUAUUGGUGUAAAUGCAGGUGUCAGGAUGAUUGGUCCAAGUAGCGGCUGUACACUUCUGCUGGGUGUUCUGGUGAUCGCUGGUGAUCAUCUGGGUGUGGUUCGUCUGCUGAAGGGUGACAUUAAUGGUCCUAGCCCUGUUAUUCGUCUAUAUCUCUCUGUGGUUGAUACGGGUGUCAAUGUUCCUGUUACUGGUGUCUGUGAUGCAGGGGGACUGUUACCCUCGUCUGUGCUUUCGUACUUUUCUUCACCGGAUGUGAAGGUGUCGGUUCUUGGUUCGGGUUCUGAGUCUGAGCUUUCUGCUGGUGCUCGUAAUGUCCAACGGUUCGAUUCUCUUUGA